CGGCAGAGGGGUAAACCAGCGGUUCUACCCAGCCGCGAUCUAGUGAACGCUUGACCACGCCGAAGAACGGAACUCGAUUUUAAACACCACCGGUUAAAUCAAAUUCAAAAUCAUCAACAUGCCAAACUGUCCGAAAUGCGAAAAACCCGUCUACUUCGCUGAGCGAAAAACGUCGCUAGGAAAAGACUGGCACGGUUCUUGUCUUCGUUGUGAAAAAUGUAACAAAACUCUCACCCCUGGAAGUCACGCCGAACACGAAGGCAAACCCUAUUGCAAUCAGCCAUGUUAUGCAGCUCUGUUUGGACCCACUGGCUUUGGACGAGGUGGGGCUGAAAGCUACAUUUACAAAAAGUAACCGCGUGUCAGAGAUUCGAGCGACCCACAUUCCUUAAGAGUAUACAUAUACGACGUUACAACGAUACCAGCUACACAUACCUCCAUAGACAUACGUACUGUAAGCAUGGGUACAGAUGAAGAUGGGUGUUUUGUGUGAAAACACACACGAACCCUUACAUAAAAAAUGGAAGAUCUAUUUGAAUACAAGGACGGUUGACGAUUGGGGAGUGGCUCGUUAACCGAAGAAUAAAUUAUUGUUGUUUGAAAUCUUAUGUUAUGAUUGUAAUUAUAUCCCAAUCACGCACAAAGUUCAAGUAUAUAGUCUGAUCAACAUUUUUUGAUACUGAGAAAGAAUUGGACGAAUUGAGUACAGGCAAAGUUCGCGAUUGAUGAAACUGUUCGAAUUACUGACAUGAAUAAAACAUAUAUUGCCAUGGA